CUGGCGUGUAGCGGGCGUGAGAGUGAAUGGGAGCGGAGCGGGCCCGCGCGGGGCAGGGAGGAGCAGCAGCCGGGCCUCCCGGGGGACGUCUCCCGGGCUGCGGGAGCGCCGCCGAGCUCCUUAUCCCCACCCACCUCGCGAGCUCCAGCAGGCAGUGGUGCAUAUAGACAUAUUUCUGGGAGCUGUCCAUGAGCUCAUCGCUCUGCCGGCGCGCGGCGAGGGAAGGAGCCCUCCUCUUUCCCCCUGCGCCAACAGCUGCAGUCGCUUAGCGCGUGUCGCCGGCCUAGCCCGCAGCCCACCCGGCGCGCCAUGGUCCCACGGCACCUCGCGCGAAGGUAGGUGGGCUUGGGCAGCAGUUCCCCACGGGCGAUCGCGGCCACGGCCGACCUUCUGCGGCCGCCUAGGAGCACGCUGGUCCCAGGGUGAGCCCGAACGCCUCAGGCCCGGAGCGGAAGAGACGAGGACACGCGGGACGGCUGGACUUGACCGAGGGAAGGAGUUCCGAGAGCGUGGACAUGGCUUCUCCCACCUCCCCUGGCCCGGAGGGAGGGGCCUGCACCCCGCAGAACCCCCCGCGGCUCCGUCAGAACCAAAGCAAGUGUGAGAGCCAAACUCCAUGCAAUGAAGCCACACAAUCAAGCUACAUCCAAAUCAAGGACCCCCAUGAUGAGCAUCCCGAUGACCAGUCUGACAGCAAUGCCAGCUUCCUCCGAGCUGCCAGAGCAGGCAACCUGGACAAAGUUGUGGAGUAUCUGAAAGGGGGCAUUGACAUCAACACCUGCAAUCAGAAUGGACUUAAUGCUCUCCAUCUGGCAGCCAAGGAAGGCCACGUGGGCCUCGUGCAGGAGCUGCUGGGAAGAGGGUCCUCCGUGGAUUCUGCCACCAAGAAGGGAAACACUGCUCUUCACAUUGCAUCACUGGCCGGACAAGCAGAAGUUGUCAAAGUUCUGGUUAAGGAAGGAGCCAAUAUCAAUGCCCAGUCACAGAAUGGCUUCACUCCUUUGUACAUGGCUGCCCAGGAAAAUCACAUUGAUGUUGUAAAAUAUCUGCUAGAAAAUGGAGCUAACCAGAGUACUGCUACCGAGGAUGGCUUUACUCCUCUGGCUGUGGCACUCCAGCAGGGACACAACCAGGCGGUGGCCAUCCUCUUGGAGAAUGACACCAAAGGGAAGGUGAGGCUACCAGCUCUGCACAUUGCAGCUCGGAAAGAUGACACCAAGUCUGCUGCCCUCCUGCUUCAGAAUGAUCACAACGCUGAUGUACAAUCCAAGAUGAUGGUGAACAGGACAACCGAGAGUGGCUUCACCCCUUUGCACAUAGCUGCGCACUAUGGGAAUGUAAACGUGGCGACUCUUCUUCUAAACCGGGGAGCUGCUGUGGACUUCACCGCGAGGAAUGGAAUCACUCCCUUGCACGUGGCUUCCAAACGGGGAAAUACCAAUAUGGUGAAGCUCCUAUUGGAUCGAGGUGGUCAGAUUGAUGCCAAAACUAGGGAUGGGCUGACACCACUUCACUGUGCUGCACGCAGUGGCCAUGACCAAGUGGUGGAGCUGCUGCUGGAACGGGGUGCUCCCUUGCUGGCGAGGACCAAGAAUGGGCUGUCUCCACUCCACAUGGCUGCCCAGGGGGACCACGUGGAAUGUGUGAAGCACCUGCUACAGCACAAGGCGCCUGUCGAUGAUGUCACCCUGGAUUACCUGACGGCCCUUCAUGUUGCUGCACACUGUGGGCACUACCGUGUAACCAAACUCCUGCUGGACAAGAGAGCCAACCCGAAUGCGAGAGCCCUGAAUGGUUUUACUCCACUGCACAUUGCCUGCAAGAAAAACCGCAUCAAAGUCAUGGAACUGCUGGUGAAAUAUGGGGCUUCAAUCCAAGCUAUAACAGAGUCUGGCCUCACACCAAUACAUGUGGCUGCCUUCAUGGGCCACUUGAACAUUGUCCUCCUUCUGCUGCAGAACGGAGCCUCUCCAGAUGUCACUAACAUUCGUGGUGAGACAGCACUUCACAUGGCAGCCCGGGCUGGGCAGGUGGAAGUUGUCCGAUGUCUCCUGAGGAAUGGUGCUCUUGUGGAUGCCAGAGCCAGGGAGGAACAGACGCCUUUACAUAUCGCCUCCAGGCUGGGUAAGACAGAAAUUGUCCAGCUGCUUCUACAACAUAUGGCUCAUCCAGAUGCAGCCACUACAAAUGGGUACACACCACUGCACAUCUCUGCUCGGGAAGGACAGGUAGACGUGGCCUCUGUCCUGCUGGAAGCUGGAGCAGCCAACUCCUUGGCGACCAAGAAGGGCUUCACUCCCCUGCAUGUAGCAGCUAAGUAUGGAAGCCUGGAUGUGGCAAAACUUCUCUUGCAACGCCGCGCAGCCGCAGACUCAGCAGGGAAGAAUGGCCUUACCCCGCUCCAUGUUGCUGCUCAUUAUGACAACCAGAAGGUGGCGCUGUUGCUGCUGGAGAAGGGUGCUUCCCCUCAUGCCACUGCCAAGAAUGGCUACACUCCUUUACACAUUGCUGCAAAGAAGAACCAGAUGCAGAUAGCUUCCACACUACUGAGCUAUGGAGCUGAGACUAACACUGUGACGAAGCAAGGGGUCACGCCACUGCAUCUGGCCUCACAAGAGGGGCACACAGACAUGGUCACCUUGCUUCUGGAAAAAGGGGCCAAUAUCCACAUGUCAACCAAGAGUGGACUCACAUCCUUACACCUUGCAGCCCAAGAAGAUAAAGUGAACGUUGCGGACAUUCUUACCAAACACGGGGCUGAUCGGGAUGCCUACACAAAGCUGGGUUACACACCUCUGAUCGUGGCCUGUCACUAUGGAAACGUGAAAAUGGUCAACUUUCUUCUGAAACAGGGAGCAAAUGUCAAUGCGAAAACCAAGAAUGGCUACACACCUUUGCACCAAGCUGCCCAACAGGGCCACACACACAUCAUUAAUGUCCUGCUCCAGCAUGGGGCCAAGCCUAAUGCCACCACUGCGAAUGGUAACACUGCCCUGGCGAUUGCUAAGCGGCUGGGCUACAUCUCCGUGGUUGACACCCUGAAGGUUGUGACUGAAGAGGUCACCACCACGACCACAACGAUCACGGAAAAACAUAAGCUAAAUGUUCCUGAGACGAUGACGGAGGUUCUUGAUGUCUCUGAUGAAGAGGGUGAUGACACAGUGACAGGUGAUGGGGGAGAAUACCUCAGGCCAGAAGAUCUCAAGGAGCUUGGUGAUGACUCCCUGCCCAGCAGUCAGUUCCUGGAUAGCAUGAACUACCUUCGGUACAGUCUGGAGGGAGGAAGAUCUGACAGCCUCCGGUCCUUCAGUUCCGACAGGUCUCACACUCUGAGCCACGCAUCGUACCCGAGGGACAGUGCCAUGAUUGAUGACGCGGUUGUGAUCCCCAGCCACCAGGUGUCUGCGCUAGCCAAGGAGGCAGAAAGGAAUUCUUAUCGUCUGAGCUGGGGCACUGAGAACUUAGACAACGUGGCUCUUUCUUCCAGUCCUAUUCAUUCAGGCCGCGCCUCUCCAUGUCUUGAUCGUGACAACAGCAGCUUCCUAGUCAGUUUUAUGGUGGAUGCCCGUGGUGGUGCCAUGCGAGGAUGCAGACACAAUGGACUCAGGAUCAUUAUCCCACCUCGGAAAUGUACAGCCCCAACUCGAGUCACCUGCCGCCUUGUGAAACGCCAUAGACUAGCAACGAUGCCGCCCAUGGUGGAAGGAGAAGGCCUGGCCAGCCGCCUGAUCGAAGUCGGACCUUCUGGAGCUCAGUUCCUUGGUAAACUUCACCUGCCAACGGCUCCUCCCCCACUUAAUGAGGGAGAAAGUUUGGUCAGCCGCAUCCUUCAGCUGGGGCCUCCUGGAACCAAAUUCCUUGGGCCUGUGAUCGUGGAGAUCCCUCACUUCGCUGCUCUUCGAGGAAAGGAGAGGGAGCUGGUGGUCCUGCGCAGUGAAAAUGGGGACAGCUGGAAAGAGCAUUUCUGUGAAUACACUGAGGAUGAACUGAACGAAAUCCUUAAUGGCAUGGAUGAAGUGCUGGACAGUCCGGAAGACCUGGAAAAGAAACGAAUCUGCCGCAUCAUCACUCGUGACUUCCCACAGUACUUUGCGGUGGUAUCGCGCAUCAAACAGGACAGCAACCUGAUUGGCCCCGAGGGUGGAGUGCUGAGCAGCACCGUGGUAUCACAGGUGCAAGCUGUCUUCCCAGAGGGCGCACUCACCAAGCGCAUCCGGGUAGGCCUACAGGCUCAACCUAUGCACAGCGAGUUGGUGAAGAAGAUCCUAGGCAACAAGGCGACCUUCAGCCCUAUAGUCACUUUGGAACCCAGGAGAAGAAAAUUCCACAAGCCGAUUACUAUGACUAUUCCUGUCCCUAAAGCUUCAAGUGAUGUCAUGCUAAAUGGUUUUGGAGGAGACGCACCAACCUUAAGAUUACUAUGCAGCAUAACAGGUGGAACCACCCCUGCCCAAUGGGAAGACAUCACAGGAACCACGCCACUAACGUUUGUCAAUGAGUGUGUUUCCUUUACAACCAACGUGUCCGCCAGGUUCUGGCUGAUAGACUGCCGACAGAUUCAGGAGUCUGUUGCCUUCGCAUCACAAGUGUAUAGAGAGAUUAUCUGUGUACCAUAUAUGGCCAAAUUUGUAGUGUUUGCCAAGUCACAUGACCCCAUUGAAGCCAGGUUGCGGUGUUUCUGUAUGACAGAUGACAAAGUAGAUAAGACCCUUGAACAACAAGAAAACUUCUCUGAGGUGGCCAGGAGUAGGGAUGUGGAGGUAUUGGAAGGAAAACCUAUUUAUGUUGAUUGUUUUGGCAACCUAGUACCACUAACCAAGAGUGGCCAACAUCAUAUAUUCAGUUUUUUUGCCUUCAAAGAAAACAGACUUCCUCUCUUUGUCAAGGUACGUGACACAACCCAAGAACCUUGCGGGCGACUCUCAUUUAUGAAGGAACCCAAAUCCACACGAGGACUGGUGCAUCAAGCUAUUUGCAACUUAAACAUCACCCUGCCGAUUUAUGCCAAGGAAUCGGAGUCAGAUCAAGAGCAGGAGGAAGAGAUCGGUAUGACAUCGGAAAAAAAUGAUGAGACAGAAUCGACAGAAACAUCUGUCCUGAAAAGCCACCUGGUUAAUGAAGUUCCUGUCUUAGCAAGUCCGGACUUGCUCUCUGAAGUUUCUGAGAUGAAACAAGAUUUGAUCAAAAUGACGGCCAUCUUGACCACAGAUGUGUCUGAUAAGGCAGGUUCCAUCAAAGUGAAGGAGCUGGCAAAGGCCGGUGAAGAAGAGCCAGGCGAGCCCUUUGAAAUUGUAGAGAGAGUGAAAGAGGACUUAGAGAAGGUGAAUGCGAUCCUGAGGAGUGGAACGUGUGUGAGAGACGAAGGCAGAGUGCGGAGUUCUCAGUCUGAACGGGAGCUAGAGGAGGAAUGGGUUAUUGUCAGCGAUGAGGAAAUCGAAGAGGCCAAGCAACAUGCCCCAGCAGAAAUCGAUGAACACUUAUGUAUAGAGGUCAGAGUAGACAGAGAGACCAAGGCCAAAGUAGAGAAGGACUCCACUGGAUUAGUGAACUACCUCACAGAUGACCUAAAUUCAUACGCUAGUCCUCAUGAAAAGAAGCCACAAACAGCUCCAGAAAAGUCAGGGGAGACAAGUCAGGCUUCAGCUGUUGGCAAGAGCUCUGAGAGUAAUAAAGGGAAGGCCACCCCAGCAGAGGAGAAACAGAGCACUCAGAAGCAGGUAAAACCAGGCCUGGCGAUAAAGAAGCCAGUGCGGAGGAAACUAAAAGAAAAGCAGAAACAGAAAGAGGAAGGCUCGAAAGGCAGUGAGGAAAAGACCGAACUUAAGAAAGGUAGUUCAGAGGAGUCGGUAGAUGAAGACCAGGGCCUGGCCCCUGAACCCCUUCCCACUGCCAAGGCCACCUCUCCUCUGAUAGAAGAAACUCCUAUUGGUUCCAUAAAGGACAAAGUAAAGGCUCUCCAGAAGCGAGUGGAAGAUGAACAGAAAGGUAGAAGCAAGCUGCCAGUCAGAGUCAAAGGCAAGGAGGACGUGCCCAAAAAGACUACUCCCAGGACACACCCAGCUGUGUCACCCUCUUCAAAAUCAUCACCUUCCUCUAAAACAGAAAGACACUCUUCCCUUUCUUCCUCUGCAAAAACUGAAAGGCACACGCCAGUGUCACCAUCGAGCAAAAACGAAAAACACUCACCUGUGUCACCCUCCGCAAAAGCCGAGCGACAUUCACCGGUGUCUUCAGGUAAAGCUGAGAAACACUCACCUGGUUCCCCCUCAACCAAAAAUGAAAGACAUUCCCCUGUGUCAUCUAUAAAAACAGAACGACACACACCUGUGUCACCUUCAGGUAAAACAGACAAACGUCCACCAGUGCCAUCAUCUGGAAGAACAGAGAAACAUCCUCCCGUGUCACCUGGCAAGACAGAAAAACGCUUGCCUGGUUCACCUUCUGUAAGAACCCCAGAGAAGCAGGCACCUGGGUCUGCCACUGGAAAACAGGAAAAGCACUUGCCUGUGUCUCCUGGGAAGACAGAAAAGCAGCCACCCAUAUCUCCCACCUCCAAAACUGAACGAAUUGAGGAGACAAUGUCUGUCCGGGAGCUCAUGAAAGCAUUCCAGUCAGGUCAGGACCCAUCUAAACACAAAACAGGACUCUUUGAGCACAAAUCAGCAAAACAAAAACAGUCACAAGACAAAAGUAAAAGUCGGGUAGAAAAGGAAAAAGGGCACACUAUAACCCAGAGAGAAACGCAGAGGGCAGAGCAUCAGACAGCCAAGCGUGGCCAGAGAUUCCAGGUGACAGGAGCUACGGAAUCCAGACGGUUCCGUUCUACUACCAUCACUGUUGGGCUCAGGAUGGAAGAUCCAGUUAGAGAAAGGUUUGAGAGAACCCCCAUUAUUAAAACACCUGAGACAGUUCCAGCAGUGGCAACAGAAGAAGGCCAUCGUGGGAGUGAGACCCUUCAAGAGAAGACUGUGGAUGAGCAGGGAGACAUGGAUCUCCAGAUCAGUCCAGACAGGAAAACUUCCACUGACUUUUCUGACGUCAUCAAGCAAGAGUUAGAAGACAAUGACAAAUACCAACAAUUCUGCCUCACUGAGGACACAGAAAAGGCUCAGAUUAAUUUAGACCAAGUAAUCACGAGUCCCUUCAACACAUCAUUUCCACUAGAUUAUAUGAAAGAUGAGUUCCUUCCAGCUCUGUCUUUACAGAGCGGUGCUUUGGGUGGUAGCUCUGAAAGCCUGAAACAGGAAGUGAUAGCGGGCUCGCCUUGUGGCAGCCUGAUGGAAGGCACACCUCAGAUCAGUUCAGAAGAGAGCUACAAACAUGAGGGCCUAGCAGAAACUCCUGAGACAAGCCCAGAGAGUCUUUCUUUCUCACCAAAGAAAAGUGAGGAACAAAUUGGAGAGGCGAAGGAAACUGUCAAGGGAGAAACACCCACAGACAUUCAUUCAGAAAAAGAGCUUCCUAUAACUGAUGACACUACUGAUAGCUCUGAAAAACAAGGUGAUGUGGUCACUGGGGGUUCAGAGACCUCUACAGAGCAUUUAAGGAAGGAAGUCACCCAAGACCCUCCCAAAGAUGUGUGCUCCAAACAAGAUGGCUGCCUUGGGAGCCAGGGUAUACCAUUAGCGAAUGAGACACACCAGGCAUUUACUGAGAUAGGGUCCUCCGGUAAAAGUCAGCUCCCACUUGUUAGUUCAGCUUAUAAGACACAACCAGAAAGUGAAACUCAGGAAUCCUUCACUCCCUCAGAAGUGACAGAGGCCUUCCCACCAACUGAUGCUUCUGUCAAAACAGUUGAGGGAACAGAACCAAAGCCCCAGGGAGUCAUUAGAAGUCCCCAAGGGCUAGAACUUCCUCUCCCAAACCGGGAUAGUGAGGUCCUCAGCCCAAUGGCUGAUGAAUCACUAGCUGUCAGCCACAAAGACUCUCUGGAAGCCAGCCCUGUGCUAGAAGACAACUCCUCACACAAAACCCCUGACUCUCUGGAACCAAGUCCUCUGAAGGAGUCCCCUUGCAGGGACUCCCUUGAAAGCAGCCCAGUUGAGCCUAAACUGAAGGCAGGAAUGCUCCCAAGUCACUUUCCUCUCCCUGCAGCUAUUGCCAAAACAGAUCUUGUUGCCGAAGUGGCCUCCAUGCGUUCUCGGCUGCUCCGAGACCCCGAUGGCAGUGCCGAGGAUGACAGUCUAGAGCAGACGUCCCUCGUGGAGAGCUCAGGGAAAAGCCCCCUCUCCCCUGACACUCCCAGCUCUGAAGAGGUUAGCUAUGAGGUCACACCCAAACCUUCAGAUUCCAGUGCACCCAAACCGGCGGUGAUUCACGAAUGUGCUGAGGAGGAUGACUCUGAAAAUGGGGAGAAAAAGAGGUUCACGCCAGAAGAGGAAAUGUUCAAAAUGGUAACCAAAAUUAAAACGUUUGAUGAACUUGAGCAAGAAGCAAAGCAGAAAAGGGACUACAAAAAAGAACCCAGGCAAGAUGGAUCCUCCUCAGCCUCGGACCCCGAUGCUGACUGUUCAGCAGAAGCAGAUGAACAGAAACAGAUGGGGGGCACAGAGGGUGAGAGUGAGGUCCCUGUCUUGAUGACUUCAGAGAGUAGAAAGGCUUCUUCCUCUUCGGAGAGCGAACCUGAGCUGACACAGCUGAGUAAAGGUGCCGACUCGGGACUUCUGACAGAGCCAGUUAUUCGAGUGCAACCUCCAUCUCCCCUCCCAUCCAGCAUAGACUCUAAUUCCAGCCCGGAAGAAGGACAGUUCCAGCCCAUAGUUCCAAAGCAAUAUACUUUCAAGAUGAAUGAGGAGAUUCAAGAAGAGCCAGCUAACUCAGAAGAUCAAGAUUAUAAAUCACAUUUAGCUGAAGACAGUCAGACUCCUGCCGAUGGUGCCAAUGAGUAUUAUGAUGACCUGAACAGAAAGACUAUUCAGCCAAAAACCUGUGAUGGCCAUGGUUGUGAGGCUGUGAGUCCUAGCAACUCAGCCACUCCUGUCUCUCUAGGAGUUCAGAGUCCAGAGUGCAAUGAUGUUGAUAAGCCCCUGGCCAUUGAUAAAGACUCACUAGCUCACCAGGAUACCCAUGAAAAGGACAGAGACGAAAGAGAGUUUGAUCCUUCUGAAGUAGAAUCUACCCAAGCAGGUCUUCCCAGUGAAUGUUCUUCCUUGUCUUCUUCAUCUCAUUGUGCAGUAUCUGAAGGAAAUGAGCCAGCUAAAGAAAUACCCUCCCCGUCUUCCCCUGUAAAAGUAGAGGUCACAAUAACUGACCAGGCUUUGGAGAGCAUGGCAGAAGACUGUCCCACUCAAGAGUCAUCUACUACAACUCAAACAGAGAGGUUUGCCAUGGAUGUCCCAGGGUCAGAUUUAGCUGAGAUUGAUGAAAAUUCUGAUCCUCAAAUCAUCAGCCCUUAUGAAAAUGUUCCUCCCUCAUCGUUUUUCUCUGCUGAGCCCAGCAAAAUCCAAACAGAUACCUGCCAUACCACAGUGGUUCAUUCACCUGAAGUGUAUUCUGUUAUCAUCAGAUCCUCUCCUGAGGAUGCGGUCAUGACAAACUCCUCUAAUAGAACUGUCUCAGGUGAAGAAUCUCAUUGUGAGAGCCACGAUCUAGAAACUGAAUCUGAGCAAAAAAGUACUUUGUGGGCAAUGCAGUCUGAAGAGCCUCCCUUGUCUGUAGCACCCUCGACACCAAGUGCACCAGCCGUCAUUGGUGAACAAGUAAGCAAAGUCAUCAUCACAAAAACAGAUGUUGAUGCUGACUCCUGGAGUGAGAUCCGUGAAGAUGAUGCCGCUUUCGAAGCCCGAGUGAAGGAGGAAGAACAGAAGAUAUUUGGUUUGAUGGUAGACAGGCAGUCACAGGGCACCACUCCUGAUACCACUCCUGCUAGGACCCCAACUGAAGAGGGGACCCCAACAAGUGAACAAAAUCCAUUCCUCUUUCAGGAAGGAAAAUUGUUUGAAAUGACCCGAAGUGGUGCUAUUGAUAUGACCAAAAGGUCCUAUGCAGAUGAAAGUUUGCACUUUUUCCAAAUCGGCCAAGAAUCCAAUGAAGAGACUAUCUCUGAAGACAUGAAGGAAGGUGCCACUGGGGCGGAGCCUCCACAGAUGGAGACUACUAGUGAGUCACUGGAACUUUCAGAACCCAAAGAAGCAAUGGGUGAUGAAGGAGAAUUACUUCCUGAUGAUGUAAGUGAGGAAACAGAGGAUUUACCUGCCUCAGAUGCUAAUCUUGACUCCCAAGUGAUAAUUUCAGCAUCCACAGAAACACUCACCAAAGAGGCUGUAUCCACAGUGGUGGAGGAGCCCCCCACCACACAGUGGAGUGAUUCUCUGAGCACUGGGAAGCAGAUACCAUGCCCUACCAUCCCCGAACCUGUUGGUCACUUGGACUUCUCCACAGUCACUAGGUCUGUUCAUUCAGAUCGGGAUGAUGAGUCCCCAGAUUCUUCUCCAGAGGAACAGAAGUCUGUGAUUGAGAUCCCUACUGCGCCCAUGGAAAACGUGCCUUCUGCUGAAAGCAGACCCCAGAUUCCUAGCAGGACUCUCCCCACUUUAGUCCCAGCCCCUCCAUCUGCAGAGGAUGAGAGUGCAUUUUCUGAUGAUUUCCCAUCUAGCCUGGAUGAGGAUAGUAAGGAGGAUGGAGCAAAACCAAAGUCCAAAAUCCCCAUCAAAGCACCCACCCAAAGAACUGAGUGGCAGCCCUCCCAUCCAGACACAUCUCUCCAGAAGACAGCUGUCCCCCAGGGACAAGACACACUAAGCAGAGCACCAGAUGGUAGAAGCAAGUCAGAAUCAGAUGCUAGUUCCUUGGAUGCUAAGACCAAAUGCCCUGUGAAAGCCAGAAGUUACAUUGAGACAGAAAUGGAGAGCAGGGAAAGGGCCGAGGGGUUUGAGUCAGAAUCAGAAGGGGCCACAAAACCAAAGCUCUUUGCAUCCCGCCUGCCGGUGAAGAGCAGAAGCAGCUCAUCUUCUGGCAGGGCAGGCACGAGCCCCACAAGAGAGAGUAGGGAGCACUUCUUUGACCUUUACCGAAACUCCAUAGAGUUCUUUGAGGAGAUUAGUGAUGAGGCUUCCAAAUUAGUGGACAGGCUUACACAGUCAGAGAGGGAGCAGGAGCCACCUUCAGACGACGAAAGUAGCAGUGCCCUGGAAGUGUCAGUCAUUGAGAAUCUGCCACCUGUUGACACGGAGCACUCAGCUCCCGAGGACAUCUUUGACACAAGGCCCAUUUGGGAUGAGCCCAUUGAAACAAUGAUUGAACGCAUCCCUGAUGACAAUGCCCAUGACCAAGCUGAAGAUCCCCAAGAUGAGCAGGAGCGGAUGGAAGAAAGGCUGGCUUACAUUGCUGAUCACCUUGGCUUCAGCUGGACAGAAUUAGCAAGAGAACUGGAUUUCACUGAGGAGCAAAUUCACCAAAUUCGAAUUGAGAACCCCAACUCCCUUCAAGAUCAGAGCCACGCACUGCUCAAGUACUGGCUGGAGAGGGACGGGAAGCAUGCCACAGAUACUAUUCUCAUCGAAUGCCUCACCAAGAUCAACAGGAUGGACAUUGUACAUCUCCUGGAGACCAACACAGAGCCCCUCCAGGAGCGUAUGGGCCGCAGCUAUGCAGAAAUAGAGCAGACCAUUACACUGGACCACAGUGAAGGGUUCUCAGUACUUCCAGAGGAGCUCUGUGCUACCAAGGAAAAGAAGGAGCAGGAGGCUUCCAAAGAAAGCGAGUCUAGUGACCACCCUCCCAUGGUCUCUGAAGAAGACAUAUCUGUGGGUUAUUCCACAUUUCAGGAUUGCAUCCCCAAAACGGAGGGGGACAGCCCAGCAGCAGCACUGUCUCCCCAAAUGCACCAGGAACCAGUUCAACAAGAUUUCUCAGGGAAAAUGCAAGACCAGCAGGAAUACUACGUAACAACACCAGGGGCAGAAGUGCAAGACACUCAAAAGGCCACAGCUAUUCCUGACUCUCUCGGUAAGACUCUGGAGGACAUCACUGCCCCUCCUGAGGAAGCAAAGCCUCGUCUCCAGACUCCAGUGACCAGCGAACGUGGUUCUCCAAUUGUUCAAGAACCCGAGGAGGUUCCCAAGCCCGAAGAGGAGAGCUCUCCAAGGAAAACCAGCCUGGUCAUAGUUGAGUCAACAGACGACCAGCCUCAGGUCCUUGAAAGAUUGGACAGCGAUGUGGCUUUUCAAAAGGGAGAUGAUAUGCCUGACAUACCUCCAGAGACGGUCACGGAGGAAGAAUAUGUUGAUGAGAAUGGACACACCGUGGUGAAGAAGGUUACCCGGAAAAUCAUUCGGCGGUAUGUAUCCUCUGAUGGCACAGAGGAGGAGGAAGUUACUAUGCAGGGGAUGCCGCAGGAGCCAGUCAACAUCGAGGAUGGUGACAGCUAUUCCAAAGUGAUAAAGCGUGUGGUAUUGAAGAGUGAUACCCAGCAGUCAGAGGUGACUUUGUCUGAACCCAGCAUUUUGUCCAGUACCUCACAGUUUCAGGCAGAACCAGUAGAAGGCCGUAGAGUCAGCAAGGUUGUUAAAACAACAGUGGUCCAUGGAGAACGGAUGGAGAAGAGUCUGGGGGACUCUAGCUUAGCCACUGACCUUCCUUCAGCCAAAGAUGACUUUGAAGAGGACAACAAUGAGUAAAGCCAGGACGCAGAGGAGGGCUGUGGUGAAGGACCAGCAGGGGAAACACAUCAACUCGGAGCACCUGGAGGAUGUUCCCGGAGCACUGGACCAAGACGACCUCCAGCGAGAUCUCCAGCAACUCCUUCGGCAUUUCUGCAAGGAGAACACAAAGCAAGAGGCCAAAUGAGGAGCUGCCCAGUUCUCAUCAGAAACCACAAACCCACUCAAUAUGCAACUUCCUAUUUCUGCACAGGAGUGACUGAAGUGGCCUAAUUACUGGGAUCCCGUGACAUUUCCACUCUCAGCAAACACACAGCAUUUGAUUUUACUUCUUUCUCCCCGCCCCUCUCUAACUAUAAGCUAAUUUGUGACCAAAGAUAGCAUCCUUCAUUCCGGAUGCUGUAUCCACUAUUUUGAGCAUCCGUGCUAACCUGGGAACUGGCACCUCCAUCGUUUGCUUCUGCUCAAGCUCCAUGAAAAUCCAUUAAUCAGAAGAACUUCACCUGCAGACUUCUUCAAGUGACAGGGGAAUCCUUCCGAGGAUAUCUAUGUAUAAUGUAUAUAGGCGAAAUUCUCAGAUGAACAACAGAGUAAAAUUCAAACCACUGCCUGUCAUAAUUACACUGGGCAUCAUGGAAUAAAAGCCUCUAGAUAUUGCUGAACAAUGGUUAAUUAUGAUAUUGCUAACACAAUCGAAUGGUAAUACAGUUCUACGGAAGGAACACUUCAGACCUAGACACGUCCUUAGAACUUCCAGAGUAGCCAUUGCUCUUAAAGCUGUCGGGAUCAGAAUCUUCAAGAAGAAUCCCAAGGAGCUGUCUCUAGUACUGGUCAGCCAUAGCUGGUGGCUCUUGGACUGCGACCCUGAGGGACGGGGAGAAGGGCUCACAGGCAAGCAAGCGGAUGGAAACAGUGAGGUAUUCUGGUGCUAGAAGCUUCAGGGGUGGUGUUCUAGCACCUUCAGGUGUUUUUGACUUUGGACACGUUGGCAGGGUAUUUUAAAAGCUAUAACUACUGUAGUUUUUCAGUGUUCAUUGCUGCUUUAGCAAACCACGCUGUCUUACUGGUGGUUCUUUCUUCUGGCCACUGCACUGUAGAUAAUUCAUAAAAACAAGAUUUAUGCACCACACAAAAGGUUAAAUGCUGUCACCAUGUUGGAGUGGUUUCUUUUCUUUUCUUUUUUUCCCCACCUCCAAGUUUAUCUUUCCUCUAAUGCCUGCAUGUAGCAUUGCGCAUGCGCUUGCUACAUGCAGUGCACACACACACCUUCUUAUCACACUAAUGGUUUUCACUCUGAGUUUCUCCUUUCUAGCCACGUCUGCUCUUCAGCUGGCAGACGAGAUUUCGGGAAAUCCUUGGAAAAUUUGGUUCUCAUUAAAUUUUUUUGUUUGUUUAUUUAUUUGAAACCCAGACACCCUUGGAAACUGAAGUGCAUUUGUGUGACUUUCUGUUUGUUUCAGAGAAGGGACAAUGACAGUCUGAGUGAUCCCUAAGCCCUAUGUCUAAUCCCUCUAGUGAUUGAAGCUGUGUAGCAUUUUAACAUAUAUAUAUAAAUAUAUUCACAAAUAUAUUCAUAUAAACCGUAUACGUUUUGAAUCAGUUUUUUUUGUUAAAGAAAGUAUAUUCAAUGAAGAUGAAAUUAAAAGGAAAGAAAGAAAGAAGGAAAGAAAGAAAGAAAGACAGUCUACCCUCCAGAGAUUGCAAUUUUUCCAGUCCUAUCUGGCCUUUUCCUGUGUGCAGAACUGACUCAUAGCUCAGACACAAACAGGACAAAUAAUAGCACUUCAUCUUCUUAAGUAACAUUGCCAAGAGAAGAAUUUUCCUGGGAGAGAGGUUUCCCAGCCAAAUCUCCUGAGUCCCCAGCACUAGCACUUUCUGGGGAUUGAGUAGAAACAAAGUAUUCUUUGGCAUCCAAACUGAGAAAGAGAGAGAGAGAGGCGGGUGGCAGCCCUUUCUGAGGUACGUGGUGGCCAUCUUGUCAGACCUUCACCCUGGAGCUCAUGAAAAGCCUUUCUGUUGUGUUAUUUGCAGUGCAGAUGACGUCUGUGUGGCAACUUAAUGGUUCUUCACUUUUUUUCUUCAAUUUUGAUUUUUUUUUUUUUGCUGUGUUAUCAAAAACUUGAAUACUGUGAGAAGAAGUGAAUUUUCAGUUGAUGAAUCAGCAUCUUGUUCCCAUGGUGAUAACACUAAUUGAAUAUAUCUAUGAGGGCAUGUAUUAGUUAUUGGAAAACAAUACAACACUAACAAUACAUAGCUGCAAUGUUGUACAAUGGCUGAUUUAACUAAAUAAAAUGUAUAAGUGUUAAGUGU